UCUUAUAAAGGCCUCACGUCCUUCUUCACUGGCAGUGCAUCACCACGUGUUGACGAUGUCAGUGAAGAUGAUGGCACCGGUGGUGGUGGUGGUGAUGAUGAUGAUGGUGGGGGUGAUGAAGGUGUCCUGUGCUUUGAACGCCACGACCAAUCUCACGUUGAGUGCGGUUCUGGCUCCUGGAGACUUCGACAUCUCGUGGGAGUUCGACAGCGACCAGAUCGUCCUGGAAGCUCGGGUUCGCACCCGGGGCUGGGUCGGGCUGGGUCUGAGCUCCACGGGGAUGAUGGCCGGCUCUGACGUGGUGAUCGGAUGGGUGGACAGCGCAGCCGCUACCCACCUCGUGGACGCACACAUCGAGGGGGAGCGGAGCCUGGUGCGGGACGCGAGCCAGGACUACAAACUCGUGGGGCUCAGCGAGAACGGCACCCACACGGUCAUGCGCGUGGUGCGCGCGCUGCGCACGUGUGACGCCAACGACAGGGACAUCACCGAGGACACGGUGCGCCUGAUUUGGGCCUACGGCACAGACAAACCGAAGAGCGAGAACAUGACCGACGUCCCAUACCACAGCACGGACACGCGGGGCUCCAAGAGCAUCCAGCUCCUGAGGCAGGGAUUUCCUACCGAGCAGCCCCUGCCGCAGAACUACUCCACGUUCGACGCGGUGCAGAGCCAGUUCCUGAUACCUUCAGAUCAAACAUACUACGCGUGCAAUGUUAUGCAAUUACCGAACCUGAUCAAGAAACAUCAUAUCGUAAAGGUGCAGCCGCUGGUGCAGGCCGGGAACACGCAUUUCGUGCACCACAUGAUCGUGUACGUGUGCGAGACCAACGUGAAUAUGUCCUACAUGAAUACAACCUUUCAAUGCUACUCGUCGAUGGGUGAACCCAAUCACCCCAGCGCCAGGUGCUUAAGUGUGCUGGCUGCAUGGGCUGUGGGCGGAGAGACGUUCGACUACCCCGCUGAUGCCGGAUACUCGCUGGGCUUGGACGCAGACCCGAAGGUCGUGAUGCUGGAGAUACACUACAACAAUCCACAAAUGGUGUCUGGUGUGAGGGACAGCUCAGGACUUCGCUUGUACUACACACCUAACCUGCGCAAGUACGACACCGGGAUACUGGAGACUGGCAUUUUACCAAACAUAUACCACUUCAUCCCCCCGAAGACGACGAGCUACACGAGCUAUGGCAUCUGCAACACCGGCAGCUUCGUCACCGCCAACUCCAACGACACCUUGCAGGGGCAAGUGUCAGGAACCAUGAACGUAUUCGCCACUUUGCUCCAUUCCCACCUGGCCGGAAUCGCGAUUCAAGUGCGGCACUUCAGGAACGGCAGCCAGAUUGGAAACCUUGGUCGUGACAUGAGCUACGACUUUGGAUUGCAGGAGACGCGCUACCUCAACAAUCUGACGGCCGUUCUGCCGGGAGACCAGGUGGUCACGGAGUGCACCUACAGGACCACAACCCGCAAUGUGACCACCACUGGUGGACUGAGGACGAUGAAUGAAAUGUGCCUCUCCUUUUUAUUCUACUACCCCAAAGUGAACAUUGGACUUUGUCGCAGCAUGUACGACAUAGCUGCUGUAGCUCCAGUGAUGGGAUUCACUUUGAAUCCGCAAAAUAAUUUUAUCAUCACCAGCCCACCAGCGUCCUUCGGAAAGUAUUUAUAUGACAUCUAUGACGUCAUCCCCUGGACCGAGCAGAUGAUUCGCCAAGUGGAGAGUGCCGCUCGUAACGCAACGCAGUACGUCUUCUCCGGAAACGACUUUUUCCCCAUUUUCUCCAUCGAAAUGAUCCCCAAGCUCCCCGCGGACCCCACAGCUCAACCUUGCAGCACACCCACCACCUCCACCAACACAACCACCUCUACCAACACAACCACCUCCACCAACACAACCACCUCCACCAACACAAACACCUCUACCAACACAACCACCUCUACCAACACAACCACCUCUACCAACACAACCACCUCCACCAACCCAACCACCUCCACGACGAAGGGAAGUGCUCCCGGGAUGAGUGGCGCUCUCACCACACUUCUGCCGGUGCUCCUCCUGCAUCUGAUGGGGACCGCUCUGCUCGUCGCCUGAAGCUCUGUUCAUCGAUGUGGAUGCCCGCUACGUACACCACCUUCUCCACCACCUGCUCGCUUCAUCACGUACACCACGUGCUCCUCCAUAAACAACAACCACUUCCACCACCUACUCCACCAAUUACACCACGUUAUUUACAUCGCCUACACCACUUUCACCUCCACCACCUACUUAACUCCACCACCUUCUCCAAUACCACUGCAUACUUCACUUCACCACCUACAGCGCCUUCCAGUCCCCCAACUACAAAUAGUUGGAAAAUAUUGGGUGGUAUUUAUGUUUAUUUUAUUAUUAAUGACAAAUGUGUAAAUGUUAAUUGCAAUAUUAAAUUAAUAUUUAUUGAAUUAUUGUCAAUUAUUAGGAGCGAUUAUCAUCAAGAUUAAUUAUUCCGACAUGAAUUCAAGAUAAUUUAGUGAAUUCAGUGAACGAUGCAUUUAUAGAUUCUUGCACUAAUCAGGAGUUAUUAUUGUCUUUCACGUUGUCAAGGGAUUUGUAUUAACAAUCGUGAUAAUAUCAAUGAUUCUCGCCUUCAACAUUUUCUAAUUCUCGCUUUAUCAAUUACUAUCAGGAAAUACCCGGCGUUGCCCAGGUACUUGCGGCUAUCUUUUGUGAAUGUAGAGUGGUUCAAUCGCGGUGUUCAGUAGGAGAGGGUCAAUUGCGUAACAGCAACUGUUAAGAUUUUGCUGUGCCAUGGGGCCUCUAAUAAAUAUAAUAUAACGUGCCCACAA